AUGGAGAAUCCAGGAAAUAAGGUCAAGGUUGGGAAUCUCUCUCUCCGCACCAAGGGCCCAUUUAGCAAGUUGGAGUACUUGUGGCUGCAAGCGACGCGGGAGCCUUCUUGCACUGUGGGAACGGAUGCAAUUAAAAGUUGCAAAAUAACUUUGGGUCAAAUGUUUGAAAUGUGUGAGCAAUACGAGAGAAUGGAACUAUUGUCCUUGGGAUUAUCAUGCACACACGAUAACACCACACUAGCGUCCGUGGGACUACCAGACACUCACAAACCUUCACACCAGUGUCCGUGGGACUACCAGACACUCGCAAACCUUCACAUCAGCGUCCGUGGGACUACCAGACACUCGCAAACCUUCACACCAGCGUCCGUGGGACUACCAGACACUCGCAAACCUUCACACCAGCGUCAGUGGGACUACCAGACACUCGCAAACCUUCACACCAGCGUCCGUGGGACUACCAGACACUCGCAAACCUUCACACCAGCGUCCAUGGGACUACCAGACACUCGCAAACCUUCACACCAGCGUCCGUGGGACUACCAGACACUCGCAAACCUUCACACCAGCGUCCGUGGGACUACCAGACACUCGCAAACCUUCACACCAGCGUCCGUGGGACUACCAGACACUCGCAAACCUUCACACCAGCAUGUCAUCUUUGGUGCUAGUGGUAUCUCCGGGGAGACAGCGGAAGAUCGGCACGCCUUUGUGGUUGCAACGAGGGAGCAACAGUAUACAUUCAGUGCCAAGGAUGCGUUUGACUGUGACAAUUGGGUGAAGAAUAUCCAAGACACCUUGCUGCAGCCGAUGUGUUCUAUGGGCCCCCCGCAGCACUCACCCACAAAGGUCACCGUUGAGAACGACAUCUACGUCCCAGCUGAGGAAGUGUGCCGUCAGUACACGGUGACGGUGAGCGUGGAGAGCAGACAGAAGCUGGCGGUGGACGGGAAGGUGCGGCUGCUGGUCGAGAACGGCCACAUCACCAUCAUGUCCCUAGACGGUAACCGGAUCGUCCGCUGGGGCAUCGAGCACCUUCGUCGCUUCGGCUACACCGACACCAACUUCCACGUUGAGGCCGGGAGGAAGAGCCAGCUUGGAGAGGGAGAGUUUGUAUUCAUCACUAACUUGGGUAAGCAGAUCCACACCUUGGUGUCCAAGGAGAAGGAGAUGUGGCGCCACAAGAUGAGCAGGAACAGCCAGCCCUUACCUGCCGGCCAGGUGGCGCCGCCCAUCACCAUGGACCCGGAGCCCCUCACACAGUGCGGCCAUAUAUACGAGGAACUCACCCUGCUGCCCGUCUCCACGAAGGCCUCCAGCCCACGCCUCGGCUUCAAGGAAACUCCAGCCGUGUCUGGCUACAACCCCAAGCCGGAAAAGCCUCCUCGGGUCACUACCAACAAGAACUAUGAAGUCGUUCCAGCGAUGCAACCGACCAUCCCGAUUGGAGGUCAGAAGACGGCGCUGGCGUUUAGCAACGGACAGGGCAAGCUCAUUAGCAAGUCCUUACCCACUAACGCCGCCGCUGCCCGCCCCUACUCCAAUAUGCUCCCUGCUGCUCAAGCGCUGCAGACACACUCGGGGACCCACCAGCAGCCCGUUGCUGAUCUCGAGAACGCUGUGUACUCGGAGCCGAAAGUUUUUAUGGAAGCCUGGAAGGAGUUCAGUCGAGAUGACAACGACAGCGAGAGUGAUCGUUCGAGCUCAACGUACGACAGCCUGCAGCACUUCACGCCCGUCGACAAGGAGGUUGAAGACAGCCACUACACCUACAGUCCCUUCGCGAAGCCCCCAGCAGACGGCGCUCAUGUCGAAGAGGUUUUAAAGAAACUGCAACAGAAGACCAUCCGCGAAGAGCCAAUCUACGCUCAGGUUGACAAGACGAAAAAACUCCCACCAAAGAAAGAUUAACAUGAAUACGGCUUCAGUCUUACAAAGCUCUACUUGUUAAGCCAUUCACUAUGUACAAAAUCUUACAAAACACUAAGACACACACACACACACCCACCAGCAACACACACACACACAC